GUGCUUUACUCUGCUCAACGACAAUCACCAACUCCCGUCGUCCUCUUUUCCAAACCGUUGCAUUCCCUUAUAGCCAACAAGGCUUUCUAUAGAGACUUUCUAGAAUAUGGCGGAUCAAUUGUCUGAAGAACAGAUAUCUGAAUUCAAGGAAGCUUUCUCUUUGUUCGAUAAAGAUGGCGAUGGCACAAUCACUACCAAGGAGCUCGGCACUGUGAUGCGCUCACUAGGUCAAAAUCCUACCGAAGCAGAGCUACAGGAUAUGAUCAAUGAGGUUGACGCUGAUGGGAACGGUACCAUCGACUUCCCAGAGUUCCUUACAAUGAUGGCGCGCAAAAUGCGCGACACCGACAGCGAGGAAGAGAUUAAAGAGGCAUUCAAAGUGUUUGAUAAGGACGGGAACGGCUAUAUCAAUGCUGCUGAGCUGAGACAUGUCAUGACGAACCUGGGCGAGAAAUUGACGGACGCUGAGGUCGAUGAAAUGAUUCGCGAGGCAGAUGUCGAUGGCGAUGGCCAGAUCAAUUACGAUGAAUUUGUGAAGAUGAUGCUAUCGAAGUGAUGUGGAAUGCGUCCUGUACCAUAAAAUUUACUUCGGCAUUCUACUUACUCUUGUCUUUCUCUGCUCAAGUGACUCGAUCUGCAGAAAGAGUUGCUUGUUCAACGUUCAAUUGCUAAUGUUAAUUAGGAUUGUUUUGAAUCGUCA